UAAUUAAAUAAAACUAUAAAGAGUAGCUUCUUAUUUGUACAAAGCUUAGCUAUCUUCCACAAUUUCCAAAUCACACCAGGUGGGCAAAACAGAGUAAGAUCUCAUGUACUCGCUGGUGGAUCUUUAUUUAACGCAAGAUCAUGAUGGCCCUUGAAAAUAAAGAAACUAUCCAAAGGAGCUGUGAGGCAUCCUUAAAAUGCCUCCAGACCAAUGGAUUCCCUUAUGGGAAUUCAAUUGAUGGCUUUCCAGAGCUUAAAGAAGAAACUAGUGCGCACUCAGGUGGGGAUGUUGUGGAACCAGUUCACUCAAUAAGCAGCGAAUUUCUUGAACUUCCCAGUGAAUUUCACAGCAAACCUACAUACCAUCAUGAUUUUGGCUCCUGGUCAACCUUCUACCCUGAUUCUCAAAAGGUUCAGCAGUGCCAAAUGAAUUGCUUUGAGGGUCAAUUUUAUCCUUUUCCUAUGGAAACUCGAUUUCAGUAUGCCCCAUUUAAUAUGUACUCCCAAGGUUGCCCCUAUGAGUUCCAUUUCCAAGAUUUUCAGUAUUUUGUAGUCAUAGACUUUGAGGCUACUUGUGACAAGGAAAAAAAUCCCCAUCCGCAAGAGAUAAUUGAGUUUCCAUCUGUCAUUGUGAGCAGUGUAACUGGCCAACUAGAAGCAUGUUUCCAGACAUAUGUGAGGCCAACUUGCAAUCAGCUCCUAAGUGAUUUCUGCAAGGAUCUGACUGGUAUCCAGCAAAUCCAGGUGGACAGAGGUGUCACUCUGAGCGAGGCACUCCUUAGGCAUGACAAAUGGCUUGAGAAGAAGGGGAUAAAAAACAGUAACUUUGCUGUAGUUACAUGGUCAAACUGGGAUUGCCGGGUGAUGUUGGAAUCUGAGUGCCGAUUUAAGAAGAUCAGGAAGCCCCCUUAUUUUAACAGGUGGAUCAAUUUGAAGGUUCCUUUCCAUGAGGUGUUUGGUGGUGUUAGGUGCAAUCUAAAGGAGGCUGUGGAGAUGGCAGGCCUAGCCUGGCAAGGCCGUGCUCACUGUGGACUGGAUGAUGCCAAAAACACUGCUCGCCUACUUGCCCUGCUCAUGCGCAGGGGUAUUAGAUUUUCCAUCACAAACUCACUUAUGUGGCAGACAACUGAUGGUUCAUUGCCAUGGAAGCCAUCCCCUGACCAUCUGUCCUUCUCACCACAUCAACCCUACAAACUGAAGGAAAUGCAUAUUCCUGUUUUCCAGUAUCACCCCUUCUGUUACUGUGGAGUGAAGAGCAGUAAAGGAAUGGUUCGGAAGCCCGGGCCAAAGCAAGGGAGCCUUUUCUUUGGCUGUGGCAACUGGACUGCCACUAGAGGUGCCCUCUGUCAUUACUUUGAAUGGGCAUCUCCCUGACUGAAAACUAUGGGAAGACCUCUUUAUGUUUCGUCAAAGCAUCCUAGAAUCUUUGGGAUGUAGCAUGUAAAAAAAAAUUGAAAAAAGGGAUGGAAAGAAAGGUAGUGUGGCCUAGUGGGUUGUCUCCUAGUAGAAGCUUUUUAUGUGCAUCAACUGUUUGGUGAGGUUUCUUCUUAGAGAGUAAAGUAUAAAUUAGUUAGCUCAGUUGCUGAAGAGUGUGGUAAACAUGGAAAAAAUAGGGAGCUACAACCUGUAAAGCUGACUUGUUGACAGGGGAACAAAUUGGGAAUGCAAGGAAUGGGUAGUUAGGAGUAUUAAGCUUUACAUGCUCAGACAUGGUAAAUUAUCUUAUCAUAAAUAAUCUGUGAGAUAGAGACAAAUUGGGUUUUCUAUGGAUUUCUAAUGCCAAUAUGGGUAGAAGUACUUGCCCUCAGUUUGCUGA